GUGAAAGGUUCUGAAGAUGGCGGCGUCCUUUAUGGAAGAUGAAGUGGAUAACGAUGACUAUUAUUCACUUCUUAACGUCAGGAGGGAGGCUACUCAGGAGGAACUAAAGGCAUCCUACCGCAGGCUGUGUAUGUUAUACCAUCCAGACAAGCACAGAGACCCAGAGCUGAAAAAACAAGCGGAGCAACUCUUUAACCUUGUUCACCAGGCUUAUGAAGUGCUCAGUGACCCUCAAUCAAGAGCAAUUUAUGACAUCUAUGGGAAGAAGGGGUUGGAGAUGGAAGGAUGGGAGGUUGUAGAAAGGAAACGAACAGCAGCUGAGAUCAGAGAAGAAUUUGAGAGAUUACAAAGGGAAAGAGAAGAAAGAAGGCUUCAGCAGCGAACCAAUCCUAAGGGGACAAUUAGUGUUGGAAUUGAUGCCACGGAGCUGUUUGAUCGUUAUGAUGAAGAUUUCGAAGACAUUCCAGGAAGUGGCUUUCCCCAGAUUGAAAUUAACCGAAUGCACAUCUCUCAGUCUAUUGAGGCCCCUCUGACUGCUACGGAUACAGCAAUUCUCUCUGGAAGCCUCUCCACACAGAAUGGCAAUGGUGGGGGAUCAAUAAACUUAGCUCUUAGACGAGUGACCUCAGCCAAAGGAUGGGGAGAGUUAGAGUUUGGAGCUGGUGACCUUCAAGGACCGUUGUUUGGUCUUAAGAUCUUCCGUAAUCUUACACCUAAAUGUUUUUUCACAACAAACUGCGCUUUGCAGUUUUCCUCUCGCGGUAUUCGGCCAGGCCUGACGACCAUGGUAGCUCGGAAUCUAGACAAGAACACUAUGGGUUACAUCCAGUGGCGAUGGGGGAUCCAGUCAGCGAUGAACACCAGUAUUGUCCGAGACACAAAGAACAGCCACUUCACCUUGGCGUUUCAGCUUGGAAUUCCCCAUUCCUUCAUGAUGGUUAGUUACCAGCACAAAUUUCAGGAUGAAGAACAAACACGACUAAAAGGGUCAAUAAAGGCUGGGUUUUUUGGUACACUGGUGGAGUACGGAGCCGAGAGAAAGAUUUCAAGGCACAGCGUGCUGGGAGCCACAGUCAGUGUCGGCGUGCCCCAAGGAGUAUCUUUAAAGAUAAAGUUAAAUAGAGCUAGUCAGACAUAUUUCUUUCCUAUCCACCUGACAGAUCAGCUUCUGCCAAGCGCCGUAUUUUAUGCCACUGUGGGCCCUCUUGUUAUCUACGUGGCCAUGCAUAGGCUUAUCAUCAAACCCUACCUCAGGGCUCAGAAAGAGAAAGAGCUGGAGAAGCAGAGAGAAAACUCUGCAACAGAUGUGCUUCAGAAGAAGCAAGAGGCAGAAGCUGCAGUGCGGUUAAUGCAAGAAUCUGUCAGAAGGAUCAUUGAAGCUGAAGAGGCAAGAAUGGGCCUGAUAAUACUCAAUGCCUGGUAUGGCAAAUUUGUGACGGACAACAGCAAAAGGAAUGAAAGGGUAAAGGUGAUUGAUGUGACUGUGCCGCUGCAGUGUUUGGUGAAAGACUCCAAACUGAUCCUGACGGAGGCUUCCAAGUCUGGGCUGCCUGGUUUUUAUGACCCUUGUGUUGGAGAAGAGAAAAGCCUCAAGAUCCUCUACCAGUUCAGAGGAGUCAUGCACCAAGUCAUGUCUGGGGACAAUGAGCCACUUAGGAUACCAAAACAAUCUCACAAGAUCGACACAGACGGCUAGCACUGCUGCUGCCCACGGAGGGAAGGCACUACGUGGGACUUGGAUGGACCCAGGCUCUGGAAACAUUUACUUGGGGUCCUUGGGAAACGAACAAAAGUCAAGAUGUUAUUACCAGGCAGGAAAUAUGAGAGAUGUCUUGGGACGGGCCUACUAUAAUGUGCACACCACAUUCUCUGGGUAUAACGUGGCAAUAUUUCAUUGGUGACAUAUGGAGGAACUAGCUAAGGAGUGGUGCUAACAGCCAGACCUACUGUACCAGUACAAUUGGUUCCUGACCUUAGGAUUAAAUUGAAUAAGUCAACGAGAUCUGAGGAACUGGCCCUAAUAACUGACAAAUGAAAAGGCACUACCCAGUCCAACCCCACCAAGCAACAGGGCGAGACCAGUGUUUCCCAGACUCUGCUGCUCCUCAGCUCGUUUCCUUUGUUUCUGCACUAAUUAAAUUAGCGAUUUGAUACACAAAGACCUUCAUCUUUUGUGAAUGAAAGGUUCCAGCAUCCACAGCCUGCCGAGGAUGCUGGGAAGUUAAGUUCACAGGCCCUGGAAGGCCAUGACAUCCAGAGGUUACAUAUGUAACAUCAUCCAGGGAGCCAUAUAAAGUAAAGGGAUGUCCUAAUAUGCUAAGAUCUCUCUCCUAUAUAUUUCUGCUGUAUCGUGGGCUACUGGUAUGCAGGGAACAUAUUUAUUAAAAGAAAAUGCUGGUUUUAUUUUUUUUUUAAUUAUUAUAUAUAUAUAUAUCUACGCAACUGUCUGCAUGUCUCUCUUGCCAAACUAUUUAGCAAUCUUUUUCCAUCAGGCCUGUAGUAUCUAAUACUGCCACAUGGGGGCGCCUGAAGCAAAUCAUUUUACAAGCAAAAAUGAUUUGUAUUUAUUCGAUCUUAUAUUUUAGUCCUAGUCUUUCCUUUUUUGUUGCAUUUUGUUUGAACCAAGGUAAAGUAAGAACUCAGGGCACGUAUUUAUGCACACUAUCAUCAUCUGAACCCACAGUUUAAUUAGGGAAUUGUCAAUUAUAUAUAUAUAUAUAAUGUUGUGAAAGUGCAACAGUGGGGUGCUGUUGGCAUUAAUGGCAUUGAUCAUUAUCCUUUAUAAAAAGAUGCAUUGCCAUUAGUCUCUGCUCCAUAUACACCCUGUAUUUCUGCUGCCAUCAUAUUUUCUAUAGGGGAUACUUGUCUGUCUCACUGGAGGGCCUGAACCAGACAAACCUGCAGCAGGUUUAUUUUGUAACACCAAUGCCAGAGUGAAAUAAAUCAAAUGUUAAUAAAA